ACAUUCCAAUCAAAUCAAGCAAGCCUUCUUAUCCACACCGCCGUCCCCGAAGAAUUUCCGAAGUUAUUUUAUGUCUUUUAUCCAUGGCUACUCUCUCAAGCCUUUCUUCUACUGCUUUUACAAACUCUAACCCUAAUUCCAAAUUCCUGUCCCCAAUGCUUCAACCUUAUUUGGAGCAACAGCAGCAGCAGAUCGACCCCCCUGAAACCGAUGAAGAGGACGACCGUUCCCCGCAUUCUAACAAGCCGAUCAUGCCAAAUAUGAGCCCUAGCACCGACGGCAGCCCUAACUCUAAUAGCUCCAUGGAUCGAUCACCUGCCGCGCUGCUCCACGUCUCGUUUAAUCAAGAUUACGGCUGUUUCGCCACCGGCACAAGCCGCGGCUUCCGAAUCUACAACUGCGACCCCUUCCGCGAGAUAUUUCGACGGGACUUUGACAACGCUGGAGGAAUUGGUUCGGUGGAGAUGCUAUUCCGCUGCAAUAUACUCGCGUUAGUGGGCGGCAAGGAUAACCCGCAGUAUCCUCUGAAUAAGGUCAUGAUCUGGGAUGAUCACCAGAGCAGGUGCAUCGGCGAGCUCUCUUUUAGAUCGGAGGUCCGAGGGGUGAGGCUCCGAAGGGACCGUAUUGUGGUGGUGCUGGAGCACAAGAUUUUUGUCUACAAUUUUGCCGAUUUGAAACUGUUGCAUCAAAUUGAGACCAUUGCGAACCCUAAGGGACUGUGUGCGGUGUCGCAGGCCUCCGGAUCCUUUGUACUUGUUUGUCCGGGCCUCCAGAAGGGUCAGCUUAGGGUUGAGCAUUACGCGUCCGAGAGGACUAGCAAGUUUAUUCUGGCUCAUGAUUCGAGGAUUGCGUGCUUUACGCUUUCCCAGGAUGGGCAGUUGCUGGCUACUGCUAGCACUAAAGGGACUUUGGUUCGUAUAUUUAAUACGCAUGAUGGUACUCUGUUGCAGGAGGUAAGGAGAGGUGCAGAUAGAGCAGAAAUUUAUUGCCUUUCUUUUUCUUCCUCUGCUCAAUGGCUCGCAGUUUCAAGUGACAAGGGCACUGUUCAUGUCUUUAGCCUUAAGAGCACAUUGGGGAACUUGAGAAGCGAAAAUUCAAGCCCACCAGAAUCUGAUCUUGCUAGAACGACAUCAGGCUCAUCGCUGUCCUUCAUGAAAGGUGUUUUACCCAAGUAUUUCAGCUCAGAAUGGUCUGUGGCCCAAUUUCGUUUGCUUGAACCAUCUCAAUAUGUUGUUGCCUUUGGUCAUCAAAAAAAUACAGUGGUAAUACUUGGAUUGGAUGGAAGCUUUUAUAGAUGCAAGUUUGACCCGGUAACUGGCGGAGAAAUGACUCAGUUGGAAUAUCACAAUUUUCUCAAGCCUGGAUAAUCUUUCUAAUGGAUGUUCUGGGAAUAUGCAACUUUCAUGGCAAUAUAUCCAUAAUUAUCUAUUUUUUUCCGGGGCAGUAUUCUGUUCUUUUGACUAAUACAUGGGGGAGGUGUUGUAAAUAUCCAAGUGUAUAUCCUGUGAAUUAUAGUCAACGUAGUUGCUAAACAUCAUCACAUCUAAAAAAAAUUGAUGCAUUAAAAAUAGUGCAUUACAUA